CAAUAGAGCGGUGUAAUUUAUUAAGAAGAUAUUAUUGCAAAUGUUUAAGAGAUGCUGAAUUCAAUGCACUGACGUACAUAUUACUUAUUUUAGUGUUAUAAUUCCAUGCAUUUUGCUGUGAUUUAAGCCGGAAUCACCCUGGUCAAUAUUUUAACAGUUCAAACUCCAUUCCCAUAAAGCACUUUAUCAAUACGUGAGUCCUAACUAACACCACUUAGAGCAAAAAGUGUUACUGUGCAAGUGUAAAUGUCCCGGGGAGAGGGGUGUUUUCAUUGCAUCAAUACCACGCAACUAUCGUCUUGUGAGUCAUGGCCGUUGAUAUAUUUUUGUUAAAGUCCACGUCAGCCUUGAUGCUUGCAGGGAAACGUGUUGAUUUAAUUUGAUGACCGCUUCUAUGAUCUUCUAUGCCGAUCGCAGAGUUAUGAAUUUGCUCCUUUAGAAUCUGUUAAGAAAUUGAGCAGAAUGUGACGUGAUCCUGUUAGCUCGUGCUCUGUACGGUACAUGUGCAAUAGUCUACAGUAUAAUCUGCGCGUUCUUUCUGUACAUGUACGUAAUAAGAUAAAGGACUGGCAAGCACACUUAAAGUAAAAGAAGCAUUUUAAGUGUAGACUAAAACCUUAAUUGUUAGUAAUAAUAGUUUAGUGUAGUGUUUCCACCAUGUCUGCUGCCACCAUCGCUGCUGUAGGUCUGGCCUUGACAGGGGUGAUGAUGAACUUUGCCAUCCACAGGAUAGAGGAAGGUCACGUUGGUGUAUAUUACAGGGGUGGCGCCUUGCUGUCAGCCACCAGUGGUCCUGGGUACCACAUCAUGGUGCCGUUCAUCACCACAUUCAGAAGUGUGCAGACAACACUGCAAACUGACGAGGUGAAAAAUGUGCCUUGUGGAACCAGUGGGGGUGUCAUGAUUUAUUUUGACAGAAUUGAAGUUGUUAAUAUCUUACAACAAACUGCAGUUUCUGAAAUAGUCAAAAACUACACGGCAGACUACGACAAGACGUUAAUCUAUAAUAAAGUUCACCAUGAACUCAACCAGUUUUGUAGUGUCCAUACCCUUCAGGAAGUUUACAUAGAUUUAUUUGACCAAAUUGAUGAGAAUUUGAAAGUGGCUCUGCAGGCGGACCUCAAUGUCAUGGCGCCAGGGCUGAAGGUGCAGGCAGUCAGGGUGACGAAGCCAAAAAUCCCAGAACAGAUUCGGAAGAACUACGAAAGCAUUUGAAGCUAACAAAGGAAUAUUUGGAGCUGAUGAAAUACAAAGCUCUGACCACCAAUACCAAGGUGUUCUUUGGUACCGAUAUCCCCAGUAUGUUCCUGGAACCCACUGGUACUGGGGCCACAGUGGCUGCUGCCUCUGCUCAGGGGGAGAAGAAGGGUAAAAGUGCCUCCUAGUUUUUCCCAAACCUAAUGUGACCCCACUCCUGUGACAUUCCAUACUGGACCUGUGAGAGUCGCCUCAACAUAAAAGUGACUUUGUUAUCAGAUUGAAAACCAUUCAUCAUAAUGUUCAUGUCCAACUGUGUGAUGUAUAAUGUCAAAUGUCCAUUCAGUGCUAUACUCUGUGUGUCUCAGAAGAUAUUGGGUAAUUUGUGUGUGGUUGUAAAUAUUGACAGUUGAUUUUUCUUGAGCUUCUGAAGAAAAAUAUAUUUUUGGAUGUCUGUGGUAUCAUUUAAGGUUGUUUAGGUGUAUUUUGUUUUUGUGAUAAAGUUUUGAUUUGGUUGAUAGAAUGUUAAGAAUACUGCAUAAAUAUACUUGAUAUUAUUUAGAUGUUUCAUUGUAGUUUCUAGGAAUCUAAAUAUUGAAACAUGCCAUAUGAUUCUCCGGGGUAGAGUGUCACUGAUGAGAUGACAUAUAGACUUGAUAUGUUAACAUUGAAGAAUGAAAUGAGGCACAAGAGAUGCAAUUUACAAGCAGCAGUUCUGGUUGUGUCAGACAUAAUACCUUUAGUGUAUCUUGACUUGUAUUGUUAUGUCUAGUCAUUUGAUUGUUAUCAAAAACUAAAAGUUGUAGCCAUUACUUUGUUUUUUCAAUUAUAUUUUUAUCUUCAACUGCUAAGCCAUUGGUUAAUAAUAACAAUUAUUCAGAAUGGUGAAGAAGAAAAAGACCUAUUUCAUUCUUAAUACAUCGGUUUAUCAUUGUGUAUCAUACAGAGAUUCUUCCUUGUCGUAUUUAGUACCAGUAUCUUGUGUUAAACAUGUUACAUUUAUCAGUUUUAAUGUUUUAGCCUCUCUUAUAAAGGAAUAAGAACAAAAGGGCCUCUGUGAAUCCUUAUGUUUUAAGUCUGCUUCAAUUCUGUGUUAGAAAAAGUUCUAGCGUUUUAGAAAAAGAAUUCAAUGAAUGUUCCCAAUUCAACUAGGCAAUUCCUAUGAUUAGAUGUGGCAUUCAUGGGUUUCUCAAUAGUACUACGUAGUAAUAGUAUAGUGCUUAGUUUGUAGCCUUUUUGUAUAUUGGAUCAGAAUUAGUAGCUGCAUUAUUGAAGCUUGGCUUUUCAUUUAAUUGGUAUUUAAUAAUUAGGAAAAUAGAUCAUAGCCGUGUGCACAUUAAAUUCUUUCUAAAAUGUUCCUGAAGAUAAUAGUUUGUAGGUGAUGGUAUAGAGAAAAUCUUUAGAAUAUAACAGUGGAAUAAUUUCAUGCUUAUUAUCAUAUGUUUAUUUCUUUUUAUUUCCUUUUUCCAUUUGCAAGUAUUUUGUUAAUUGAUUGUUCUGUACAUUUGGCUAAAGAUGAUGUAUGGAAUUCUUCUUCUUAGAAAAAGAAAUAAAUAGAGUUAUACCAUUGUUUAAUAUGAAAUAAAAACUUCUUGAUUCAA